GAUAAAGAAGCAAUAAUGAAGUUGUUGCACCCACAAAAUCCAACUGGAAAUCAGAUAGAUGUGAUUCUAAUAGUGGGUAUGGGCGGGGUUGGUAAAACCACCCUUGCCCAAUUGAUCUACAACGACAAGAGAGUGGAGGAAUGGUUUGACCUCAAAGCUUGGGUGUGUGUUUCAGAGGAAUUUGAUGCUUACAGGGUAACCAAAACCAUUCUUGAUGAGAUCACUUCUAGUUGUGAUGAUGGUAAGAAUCUAAACCAGCUUCAACUUAAACUAAAGGAGAAGCUAUUGGGCAAGAAGUUUCUAUUUGUUUUAGAUGAUGUUUGGCAUAAAAGAUAUGAUGUCUGGGAAGCAUUGAAAAGCCCUUUCACUUCUGGAGCAAAACAUAGCAAGAUUAUUGUAACAACACGUGAUGAAAACGUUGCAUCAAUCAUGAGGAACGUCCCAACUUAUCACCUUAACAUCUUAUCUGAUGAUGAUUGUUGGCGACUGUUCGCAAAACAUGCAUUUGUAAAUACAUGCCCGAGCAUGCAUCCAAAUUUGAAGGUAAUCGGUGAGGCAAUAGCCAAAAGAUGCAAAGGUCUUCCUUUAGCUGCAAAAACACUUGGAGGUCUUCUGCGUUGUAAACUAGAUGCCGAUGAAUGGAAUAAAAUAUUACACAGCAAUUUGUGGGACAUACCAGAUGAAGCAGGUACUAUUCUUCCGGCAUUAAGAUUAAGUUAUUAUUAUCUUCCUUCACAUUUGAAGCGUUGCUUUGCAUAUUGUUCAAUUUUUCCUAAAGAUUAUGAAUUCAAAAAGGAAGAACUCAUUCGAUUAUGGAUGGCUGAAGGUCUUUUACAGUUUCCCAAAGAAAAUGGCAAUGAGGAAGAACGAGGUAACGAGUACUUCAAAGACUUAAAGUUGAGGUCGUUUUUUCAACAAUUAAGUGGGAAUAAAUCUUGCUUUGUCAUGCAUGAUCUAAUUAGUGACUUGGCUAAAUCUAUAUCCGGAGAAUUCUUUUGCAGAUUGGAAGGUGAUGGUGGUUCAUGUGAAAUAACUAAAAAGACUCGUCAUUUGUCCAAUGUCCAAGAAAAAUAUGAUGUGCUUAAGAAAUUUGAAACAUUAUCUAAGGCAAAAAGUUUGCGAACAUUCUUAACUUUGGAGUCAUCUCCACCCUCUUGUUAUGUUACCAGUCAGAUAAUGCAUGAUUUGAUAGUAAAAUUUAGACGCUUACGAGUACUUUCUUUGGCUAAAUAUUGUAAUAUUACUGAGUUACCGGAAGAAAUUGACAAUUUGAAACAUUUGCGAUAUUUGAAUCUCUCGCAAACUUCAAUCGAAAGGUUACCGAACUCUUUGAGUACAUUGUAUAAUUUGCAAACAUUAACAUUGUUUUAUUGCAAAUGCCUUGUUGAGUUGCCCAAAGACGUGGGAAGAUUGAUCAACUUGCAACAUCUCAAUAUUCGGGAAACAAAGUUAGAAAUGAUGCCACAAGGAAUGGACAAAUUGAAAGAACUUCGGACAUUAACAGAUUUUGUUUUAAGCAAGCAAACUGGUUCAAGCAUUAAUGAGUUGGGAAAGCUCCAACAUCUAUGUGGAAGACUUGCUAUUUCAGGUUUGCAAAAUGUUGUCUGUGCAAAGGAUGCCAAAGAUGCCAAUUUGAAGGAUAAGAUGAACCUUAAGGAGUUGGAGUUGAUAUGGAAUGAGGAUGAUCGCAUAGAUGAUGAUGAUUCAAAGCGUGAUGAAGAAGUACUUGAACAACUGGAGCCUCAUACAAACUUGGAGCAUCUUGUCAUUAGUUUUUACUGUGGUACUAGAUUUCCUGAAUGGGUGGGGCGUUCUUCCUUCUCAAAUGUGGUAUCUUUGUGCUUAACGGAUUGCUACUAUUGCCCAUCCUUGCCACCGCUUGGACAAUUAUCAUCUUUGAAAUCUCUCUCUAUUUCAGGGUUUCUUAAAGUAGUAACAGUCGGUGAUGAGUUCUAUGGGCACUGUGAUGCCUCGAGGAAACCGUUUGGAUCUCUUGAAAUUCUACGAUUUGAGGAUAUGCCAGAGUGGGAAGAAUGGUUUUCUUGGAGAGAUGAAGCCUUCUUUCUUCUGCAAGAGCUAAGCAUAAGAAAUUGUCCCGAGCUAACCAGGUGUCUGCCCGAGCACCUCCCAUCUUUAACCAAAGUUGUUAUUGAAAAUUGUGGGAAGCUUGGAGGGUUGCUUCCAAAGGCACCAAGCAUUUUCCAACUUGAGUUAGAGAGAUGUGAUGCAUUGCAAUUGGAGCCAUUGCCUUGUGGGCUUCGGGAGUUACGAAUUGAGGAUUCCAAUGUGAAUGAUUCCAAAUUGAAGAAGAUGAUGCAACGCUGCACUCGUCUUGAAAAGUUAACCAUGCGGGAUUGUUACAAUCUCAGAUCCAUUGCUGAAGGUAGUCUGCCUAACACGCUGAAGCAAUUGAACAUCGACAGUUGUAGGUUCUUGGAUUAUUCCAAAAUCAUCUUGUAUACAUCCCUUGAAUCCUUGGACAUAGUAGGCAGGAGGUGUUAUGCACUAAAAUCUUUUCCAUUAGCUUCAUUCCCUAUGCUAAAUCGUGUUUCUAUUAAGGGAUGUGAAGACUUGAAGUCGAUUGGUGCAUCAGAAGGGCCUCACCGACAGCAUCUCGCGUCUCUCAAUUCUUUGGAAAUCUGUGAUUGCCCUAAUUUGAUAUCUUUUCAAAUUGAAGAGGGCUUAUCUGCGACCAAUUUAACAUCACUUGAUUUUUACUCUUGCGUAAAUUUAAAGUCAAUGCCAGAGCAUAUGCAGUCCCUCUUCCCAUCCCUUGUGCAUUUGUCAAUAGAUGAUUGUCCAGAAAUAGAGUCAUUUCCAAGAGAAGGUUUGCCCUCCAAAUUAAAUCGUAUUUAUAUCUCAAGAAGUGAUAAGCUGAUUGCAGGCAUGAUGAGGAGGGAAUGGAGUUUGCAAACACUCCCUUCACUUACACGCUUCUCAAUCUACCAUGCAAGAGAGAUGGAGUCUUUUCCAGAUGAACAUCUGCUGCCCUCUUCUCUUACUUCUCUUGUGAUAUGGGGUCUUCCAAAUCUUAAGCUUUUGAGCGGCAAGGGCUUUCAACACCUCAUGUCUCUUCGUGAAUUGAUUAUUGGCAGCUGUCCUACACUCCAGUCCAUAUCGGCAAAUAUGCUUCCUAACUCUGUUUCUUACAUUUCCAUUCGCAAUUGUCCUUUGCUGAGAAAAAGUUGCGAAAAGGAGAAAGUUUUUCAAGUUAUUGAGAUGUUUUAUCAGAGUUUGGACUCUAUAGAUCUCAAAAACUUGCAAAACUUGGAAAAGGCAGAGUUUUUCAAGUUAUUGAGACGUAUUAGCCGAGUUUGGACUUUGGAGAUCUCAAUACUUGAUGUGGCAUGGUCUUCUCUGGUUCUUCCUCCAAAGGACCUAAAAACAUCAAAUGCGGGUAACUCGUGCCUGCAGAACAAAGCUCACGGUGAUGCUUCUGUGGUUAGUGUUGAAAGUUGUGUUUCCAUAAUUCAGAGGCUGGCAGUUGCUAGUUGA